GGCCCCUCAUUUUGGCGGAUUAUGGGAAGCGGCCGUAAAAUCAGCAAAGGGUCACUUGUUCCGAACGCUACAUAAUGCUCGACUGACUUUUGAAGAGUUAUCAACAGCCCUGGUGGAAAUUGAGGCAAUUUUAAAUUCACGUCCCAUUGGCUCGUUAUCAACGGAUCCCAACGAUUUGGAAGCUCUUACUCCUGGGCAUUUAUUAAUAGGUUGCCCUCUGCAAAGUGUUCCAGAGAAGACAAACUUUGACUCGGAGAUAUCUCAUUUGCAACACUGGCAGAGAAUCUCAGCAAUAAAGUCUCAUUUUUGGCGCAGGUGGCACAUCGAAUAUCUUGCUCAACUUCAAAAUCGCUAUCGUUGGAAAAAACCGCAACAAAAUUUGAAGGUCAAUGAUUUGGUGAUUGUUCAUGAAGACAAUGUCGCUCCGAUGAAAUGGGUUCUUGGUCGUGUCACACACAUUGUCCCUGGGGCAGAUGGCUUUGCUCGAGUGGCCGAAAUAAAAACACCACAUUCAACAUUUCGACGUCCAAUCGCAAAAUUAGCUGUUUUACUCCAAGAUGAAAAUUUGAUUGAAACCGGAGGUUUCAAUGGGGCCCGGCAAUUUGUGGAAGAAUUGAUAAAAGUCCAACGAUCGGAGGAAAUCAGUGCUGCAGACAAACAACUUGCCCUGUUGUUGGACAAAUAUAUAUAUGAAGGAAAAGCUUACUCUGAGGAGGAUUUUGAUUCUUGGGACGAAAUUAUUGCUGCCUCGAGAGGAAGACUUGGUUGCCCUUUGGACAAACCAUAUAUUGAGUGCCCCUUUGGAACAAAUCACACUGAACCACGGAAUUCCUGUAUUGCCGGCAACAAAUCACCGAGAUCAUCGCGCAUCUACUCCAAACCACUGCCCUUCCAGCAAAAACUCUCACCGGCCGAACAACAAUAUGAGUCGUAUGUUAAGGCCACAGUUGCGGCCAAUGCCAAAUCACCCGUUGAGGAAUUAUUGGUUAGCAAUGCCAGUAGCCCUAGCUCCACAGGGCAGCCCACGGCUACGCCACCUGCACCACCACCACGUAAACAAUCGUUGGUAAAAUCCUCAUUAACUAGUCCCAUAUCUCCGUUGCCGUCGUCAUCAAAUGUUCAUGAAACUAGCCAAGAAUCAAUAACCACGGAGAAAUUUAGUACAUUGACCCUGACAUCGGUCGAUCACAAUGUGGGACCUAGUACUCAAACUGCCACCUCAACAACUACACCCACAACACCAGCUGCUGAUGCUCAGACUCUGUUCAAUAUACGGCAGCAAAUGGCUUUGAGUUUGAAACGCAUGAAAGACUUAGAGGAACAGGUUAAAACUAUACCGGAUUUACAGAGCGAAUUAAACCAGCUUCGGGAUGAGAAGCAACGUCUGCAACAAACUGUCCAACGCAAGGAAGAGGAGCUGCAAAAGGCGAAGGAAGCAAAUCGUUUCUCCUCUUCACCCAGUCCAAGUCCGAAAAUAACCUCACCAGUACAAUUUCAACCACAACGUGUUAGUCCAAUUUCGCUGGAAAGUCUUGGAGCUCGCCUAAGGACAUCAUCAACCUCAUCAGAGAAAUUGACAAAAUCUCCAGCAACUCUAAAACGAGAUGUUAGUACUAUGUGUAGCAAACAAACAACACGAGAUAUUGCAGUUGGAAGUCCCCAACCCAUACUUAAGACGACACGAGAUGUGGCCUGCAACGCUGCCGUCACCUCCAACAUCAAUGAAAAUUUAUAUACCAAAAUUGAGGUGGAGAAACGUAUUGAAUUAUGCAUACGGCAACAUGAGGAACAAAAGAAAUUGGAACGUCUGAAAGAUCUUAUAUCGGUGGGUACUCAAAUGUAUACUCCGAAAAAAGAUUUACGGGAUUAUGGUGUCCAAACAAAGGCAGAAAAACAAGUGACAAAAUAUAAUGUAGGCAUUAUGGCCCAACCUGCCACAAGGGAAAGUUAUACCAACUGUAAACCAGAUGUCAGAACAGUGGGUUGUUCUAAUCACAGUGUUAAUGAUGUCCUUUGUCCCAAAUGUCUGGUUACCAAACAUAAUGUGGCCUGUGGCACUGAAGAACCUGCAGUAGAAACUAAUAAAUCCGUCUCCCUGAAACUCUUAGAAAUGCCGGGUCGUAGUAACACGUUCACCUUGGGAGAUAAUGAAAAACUCAACAUACAAAAGAAAACACAAUGGACUCAAUAUACCCCAGUGGCGGUACACUCGUCGGGAUGUCAAACUUCCUUGGCCACAGUACAUUCUGUGGGGUUACAAUAUUCCCCCGAAAUGCAAAGUAGUGGAACCCAAUCCGCGAUUGAUGUUAGUGCCAAACAAACCGAUACCCGAGAUUUGAUACGCCUGAAUACCUCCCACACCAAUACCGAGGAAAUUGCCCCACCAACUCCCACGAAGGAAACACGCCUGCCAGCCCCUAAACCUGUAGUCUUCACUAAAGGUUGCAAUACCGAAGUGAAGAAUUUCAAGGACAAUGGUGUAAAUACUGCCCCCUUGGCUACAACCAGUAACUCCUCCUCCAAUACUGAAGCCAUACACAAACGUGAUAUUGGUUGUGGUGAUGUUGUGAAACCUCACAUUUCAAUUGCAUGUGCCGAUAAUUAUUGUGAUUCUUGUAAGGAUGCCAUUAAAAAUUUAGCUAAGGAUUUCUCGAAGGUCUUGGCCAGCCCUGUACCCAGUAGGGCAGCAGAAUCGAAAAUACCUCGUCCCAAGGCACUGCCAAGUCCAACACCACAACGUCGAGUUUUUCAAAGGCAAAAUACGUAUACAGUAACACCAUCUCCACCAUCCACACCCGUGGCAGAGCGUAAAAAUGUGGCAAGUUCCCUGCAGGAGAAACCCUCCGUCUUUCAUCAAUUGGAAAAUGCUGGCGAAUCUCAAAGUUUCAUAACAGAACCUGUGGCCAGUGGUGGUUCACCACAGAAACCCAAUGAAAAUGCCACACUGGAAGAGGAGGAAACCGAUAACAAUGGUAAUGCCACAGAAUCCCCUGAGACAUCACCAAAACGUAAAUCAUUAUAUGACCUCAGUCAUUUCGAUGAUAAUGAGCUCAUUGUACGCGAAGAGAAGCGUGUGAGCAUUAGUUGGUCACGUGAUAAUUCACCAGCUCCAACAGUAACUAUGUCCACGGAGGGAAAUGGUAAUGAAAGACAAUUACCAGAAAUUGAACCCAUUACAACGGAAGAGGAGCCGGAGCAGCCACAACCAUCCAAACAAGAAAUAUCUCAGGGAGCACGCAAGAAAACGUCACUCUUGCCCUCACCCAUUAAAUCUAGUCAGGCGAAAACAACCAGCCAGAAAAUUGAAGAGGAAUCACCUAAGGAAGAACCUAAAGCUCCAUCCAAGGCAUUGCUGCAAAAAAUUGCCACACGUGAAGCAGAGCCGAGGAAGAAGUACACACCGCCAACAAACAUGUUGGUUGCUUGCAAGUCCAUCAAUAACUCCUUGUUAAAGAAAAUGGGUGCCAAACCCAUUUCAUCGUUGAGCUUGAAAACCUCCAAGCAAAUUAUCCAACAAGAAUGGUUUCGUAUUUCCAGUUCGGAAAACGCCAAUCCCCACGAGGUAGAAGAUUAUUUGGAUUGUUUUGAAGAGUUGUCGGUGCCAUUAUUGGAAUACUGCGUCAAUAUGGUGGACUCGAAUGGCAACACAGCCAUGCACUAUGCCGUAUCGCAUUGUAAUUUCGAUGUUGUCUCCAUUCUGCUCGAUUCAAAGGUUUGCAAUGUAAAUCAAAUGAAUAAUGCCGGAUAUACUAGUGUUAUGCUCGUCUCGUUGGCUAAAUUGAAAAAUCCCGAACAUCGUACGGUCGUUGAACGGCUGUUUCAAAUGGCCGAUGUCAAUAUACGAGCAAAAAAGCAUUGCCAGACAGCCUUAAUGCUGGCUGUAUCGCAUGGUAACCUGGAAAUGGUACAACUUCUAUUGGCCAAUGGUGCCGAUAUUAAUAUACAAGAUGAAGAUGGCAGCACGGCAUUGAUGUGUGCUGCCGAACAUGGACGCAGUGAUAUUGUUAAGCAUUUGUUGACACAUCCCGAUUGUGAUUCAUUGAUACAGGAUGCGGACGGCAGCACAGCCUUUAAAAUCGCCUGGCAGGCCGGCCAUCGAGACAUUGGUGUUUUCCUUUAUGUCCACGAGCAAAUGUUGCGCAGUAAAAUGCCCGGCCGUCCUGAUACCGCCCCAGUUAAACAUAGUCCGCCACCGACAUCACCACGUUUUAGCCAUAAAAGGCAACCCUCGAAAUAA